CGGCGCCCGUUUGACCGAUGUCAGACUGCAUCUCAUCCAUCCCUCUUCCUAAUCCAACAAACAAAUCGCUUGCCCAGUCCUCAGUCCAUUGUCCUUGAUUUCCUGUACCACAUAUUCAUCUUGAGGUUCGCCACCAUUGUUCUCUUUGUGGUCUUAAGCAAGCUACUGCAACCAUGGACAAGUUUUCUGCGUUUGGGAAGAACAUCAGUUCGGCAUUCAAUUCGACAGUUACUCCGUCCUGGCAACGGAGCCAACAGUACCUCAAGGAGCAGUUCGGAAAUGCCGAAGACAAGACCCAACUGCCUGCAGACUACACCGAGCUUGAGAAACGAGUCGAUGCAUUGAAGCAAGUUCAUCAGAAGCUGCUUGAUGUAACCAAGCAAUACCAGAAUGAAGCCUACGACUACCCACCCAACAUCCGGGAAUCCUUUGGCGAUCUCGGUCGCAGCAUUUCGGAGAAAGUCACACUUCUCUCCAAAGCUCAUAACGCCUCCGAAGCCGCAACCGCCUUUACUGCUCCUCCCUCGGCAAAGCCUCAACCCAAGACUUUCAAUCAUGCCAUUGCGCGCGCCUCGCUGGCGAGUUCCCAGCUUAUCAAACAAUCUAACACUUCGGGGACUGGCGAAGAUCCACUGGCAAAUGCUUUGGAGAAAUAUGCGCUUGCGGAAGAGAAAGUGGGCGAAGCCCGAUUGGCGCAGGACCAGGCCAUUCAGUCGCGAUUUCUUGCAGGGUGGAGUACCACACUGAACACAAACAUUCAGUUCGCAACCAAGGCGAGAAAGGCCGUGGAAAACAGCCGCUUGCUGUUGGACAGCACCAAGGCGGCCAAGAAGAGUCAAAUUCAGGGUCGUGGCAUGAACCCGGAUGAUGAGACCGCCCUGAGCGAGGAUGCUCGUGCUGAGAUUGAGGCCAAGGAAGACGAUUUUGUCUCGCAGGUGGAGGAAGCCCAAGGCGUAAUGAAGAAUGUUCUGGACACGCCCGAACCCCUCCGUAACCUUGCGGAUUUGAUUGCUGCGCAACUCGAGUACCAUAAGAAAGCAUACGAAAUUCUGUCCGAAUUGGCCCCAGAGAUCGAUCAACUCCAGGUCGAGCAGGAGAGCAACUAUCGCAAGAGCAGAGAGGGUGCUUGAUUUUGGCUACCAGAGGCUUCGGCCCGUGUACUUUGUGUUUUGUUUCGGCUACUACUGUCUUCUCAGCAAUGGGAUGGAUGGGACGGAGAAAUUGUCAUCAAACUUAGAUCCGCAUACCAAAUGUCAUUUGUUGCUGUUGUUGUACGCGUAGAUGUUGAUG